CAAAAGCAGUCGGAAUUUUCCCAGCACAUUCAGCAUGCUGCCGACUCGCUCCUCAGCCCUCUCAGGACACAUUAAGCUCUGGUUUCUGACCUUAGCUGUCCUUGUGGUCCUGGCUCAGACUUCCCCAGACGGGUGGCUGAGAACGUGCUUUUAUGGAAUGGGCAAAUGCAGACGUGAAUGCAGGACAAAUGAGAAGAAGAAAGAGAGAUGUGGGGACUUCACUGUUUGCUGUGUCCAAAUAUCAAAGUCGAAACUAUAUUACUUGCCUCCAGUCAAAGACCCGCCAAAGAAAGAAGUGUCCUGAUAAGACCCAGGAAGACCCUGGUCAUCGGCCAGUCAAGGAGAGAUGCCAAAGAGAACCAGCUCUACUGAUAUUUGCACUUUGGACUUUGUCCUCAGAAUUGUGAGAAAAUAAACUCAAGUCACCCAGUUGGUGGUACUUUUUAAUGACAGCAA